CGUGUUUCUGCUUCUCUUCUUCUUCCCCCGACAAGCCCCCCCAAGCUGCCGAUAGUUCCCCUUGAGAAACUCGGCAAAAGCUUGAAAUAUCUCCUUUUUUCUUGUUCAACCACAAGAUUUGGGGCUUAGAAUUCUCUCUCUCAACCCAGAAAAAAAUCCCAGAUCUGCUCUAUUCUUCCCCUGUCCGCGAGCUGUUUCCAUUGGGUGCGAUUUCUGGGCUUUUUCGGUUGCCGUGAAUUCCUCCAUUUCUUUUCCCCGUCGGCUUCCUUCCCAGCCGGACCCGGUGCUGCUUGCCGGAAUUUUCUGGUAUGGUGACGACUUCUCUAAGUCCAAUUUCACCCAUUUAGCUGCUGUUUAAAUUUCCUUGUAUUGUCCGAAAUUUGCUGAAAAAUGGGGAUGAACUCCGGUAGCAAUUAGAGCAUAAUUAAGCUUAAUUAAGGUAGAGAAAUUAGCUUGAUUUGCUGCUGUGAAUUUUUUGGAGAGAAAAUCCCAUGUGUGUGAGUUGUGGUUUGCCAAAGCCAUGCUCUCCAUGUGCUGCCCGUGAGAAAUGGGGAAAUUUUGGUAGCUUAAGCUAUGUUUUUAAGCUUGGUUUAAGUGUAAAUUAGCUUGAAUUGGAUUGUUGUGAUUUUGGAGAAAAAUCCUGUGAGAUUUAUUAUGGUUUUGCCAAUUUUUGGAAGUUGCAGUUACUGUUUACGGGUACUGUUCACAGGCACUGUUCAUGGUCACUGUUCACGCAUUGAUGGCCAACAAUUAAGGGAGAUUAAAUGUUUACACGGUAUUAAUUCUGGGGCAUUUUGAUUAGGUUCUUAAGUGUUCUAUCACCCGAGCACUUGGCUUGAGUUCCCGGUAUUACAGAUUUGAGGUAAGUAAAUUAUGGUAAAACCCUUCGAUUUCAAAGCAUGUUUUAAAUUGUUUUUGAGAUGGUGGCAAGGUUUAAAUUGAUUUUAUCAGCAUCUGAGUGUGAUUAAACUGAAAUGAAAAUUGUGAUGAUUUUUAUGAAAAUUAUUAUUUUUUGGAAUUGAGCAGGAUUGGACUGAAAAUGAGAAUUUCAUUGUUUUUCUGGAAUUGAGCAUGCCCACAUGAAAUUGUCUUCAUUUGCAUUGAAUGGAGCAUGCCUAUUUAGAAUUGACUGAACUGCUUUGAUGAACUGAGAAUUUUGUAAGUUUUGAGUUUUUUGUUAAAUCCAUGCUCACAUGGAAAUUUUUUGGUUUAUUUUGAAAUUUGAUAUUGAUUGUGAAUUAUGGAUUUUUUUGUAAAUCUUGCAUGGUUUUGUCUCUGAUAUACUCAUGAUUACUGAUGCCCGCCAAUGAGAGUCUGUAAAUGCUGGCACAUGUCGACAUGUUUAUUGAUAUGACUGGUUCAUUCUGUAAUCCUGUCAAUGGGAUAAUACAUUGGUAAUUACUGACGCCUACCAGUGGGAGUUUGUUAAACACUGGUACCAUUACUGACGCCUGCCAGUGGGAGUUUGUUAAACAUUGGUACUUCUGUAACCCUGCCAAUGGGGUUAAACAUUGGUUAUUACUGAUGCUUGUCAAUGGGAGUUGUUAAACACUAGUACCACUACUGACGCCUGCCAGUGGAAGUUUGUUAAACACUGGCCAUGACUUAUAGAUGAGACUACUACUGAAUUUUCUUCUGCAUUAACGGUUUGUCAUUGAAUGCUUUGUUAUUGAACUGGAUUUGAUUCUGCAUUAACGAUUUAUCAUUGAACGUUUUGUUAUGUUGAACUGUUUGUCAAGCAUGCUAUAAAAUUUUACCCAAGGA